AUCUCCUUGCAUACAUACCCCAGCACUGUAAUCGCCUUUCUCUUCUAGAGCAUACCUGGAGAACAGUUUUUCACCAAGAGUACCUGUCUCAGGCUAACUGGUAGGCACCAUUUCACAUCACACAAACACACACCUUCCUUUUGACUUGGAGGCCGGGAUACUACACCAUGCCGAUUGAGACGCCCAUGCCGGCCCUCUCCGGCCACGGCCUGACGGUCUGCGUGACCGGCGCCGGAGGAUUCAUCGCCUCCUGGCUCGUCAAGCGCCUCCUGGAGAAGGGCUACACUGUCCGCGGCACGGUCAGGAACCCUGUUGAUCCCAAGAACGACCACCUGAGGGCGCUUGAAGGUGCCGCCGACCGCCUCACUCUCGUCCGCGCCGACUUGCUGGAGCCCGACAGCCUUCUCGCGGCCUUCUCCGGCUGCGAGGGUGUCUUCCAUGCUGCCUCCCCGGUCACCGAUGAUCCCGAGAAGAUGAUCGAGCCGGCGAUCCGCGGCACAAGGCACGUGAUGACGGUGGCCGCGGACACCGGCGUGAAGCGCGUCGUGUUCACGUCCUCCAUCGGCACGGUGUACAUGAACCCAUACCGCGACCCCAACGAGCCCGUCGACGACACCUGCUGGAGCGACCUCGAGUACUGCAAGAAGACCGAGAACUGGUACUGCUACGCGAAGACGGUGGCGGAGCAGGGCGCGUGGGAGGUGGCGCGGAAGCGCGGGCUGGACCUGGUAGUUGUGAACCCGGUGCUGGUGCUGGGUCCGCUGCUGCAGCCGACGGUGAACGCGAGCACGGACCACGUGAUGAAGUACCUGACGGGGUCGGCCAAGACGUACGUGAACGCGGCGCAGGCCUACGUGCACGUCAAGGACGUCGCCGAGGCGCACGUCCGGGUGUACGAGGCCGCCCACGCGCACGGCCGCUACAUCUGCGCCGAGAGCACCCUCCACCGCGGCGAGCUCUGCCGUAUCCUCGCCAAGCUCUUCCCGGAGUACCCCAUACCCACCAAGUGUAAGGACGAGGUGAAUCCUCCGGUGGCCGGAUACAAGUUCAGCAACCAGCGGCUCAAGGAUCUAGGGAUCGAGUUCGUGCCGGUGCUGCAGUGCCUGUACGAGACGGUGAAGAGCCUCCAGGAGAAAGGGAUGCUGCCCGUCCUCCCGCCAAACGACGACCACCACCCCGACCAACUGAUGACAUCAUGAUCAUCGCAAGGUUCACUACUGAUGGCCUACGGCAUGCUGCCACGCAUAUCAUGAGCUAGCUGAUUAAUAUAUUAUAAGCAAACCUUUUUAUCAACCUAAUAUAUGGCAACUUUCGUGGUUGCAUGCAUGUACGCGUGACAAACACUGCACCGAACGACCCAAAUGUUAGUGCUGUAUGACGUACACAUGCAACACAUCUUUGUGGAAUAUAUAUGAUUGUAAUUUAUAUAACUGCUCUGAGCAAUAACUGGGCUCCUUUUUAGCUGCUA